AUGUGCGAGAAGAUUGCUCAGCUGACGAAAGUAGUCUCCAAUUUGCACUCUGAAACCGAAGACGCUCGAGAGCGAGAAAAAGAAAUGGAAGAAGAACACUCGAACACUAUCGAACUGUGUCGAGCGGAUGCGGCGAGGAAAGUUUUAGAGACGCACUCGAAAUGGCGCGAAGAGGCUAAUGAAAAAGAACGGUUCGAACGAAUUGCAAACGAGUUGGAAGCGAAGACGCGUAUAAUGCAAAGCGGCGUGGAUGAAGCGUUGCGCGAGAUCAUACGAGAAGCGGAAUCGAAAUCAGAUGCUUUGAACGAAAAAAUGGAAGAGCUCGAAAUUUUGUUUAAACUGAGCGAACAGAAAGAACGAGAGCAGAAACAAACGAUAGAACACACCGUGAGUGAGACGAACAAAAAGUUAUUAAAAGAGAUGGAACUUCGUCAAUCAUUGGAGGAAGAGAAGAGUAGAAUUGAAAGAGAACGGCGGGCGUGGGAGACGAAGGCUGAACAUCUAGAAGAGGUCGUGGAGGCGCGGCGAAUAGAAGUUGAAAGCAAAGAUGAAAAUUUGAAAUCGAUGGAAAUAAAAUACGAAGAAAUGUUGAAUGAGUACAAAACUCUCGAGACGAAAGGAAAAGAAAGCGUACGAGCGCUCAUGGAGGAGCACGAAAGUCAAACCGCUUUAAAUGCCGAAAAGUUUAAGCGUGGAUGUGAAAGCUUAGAGAGAAAUUUCCAAAAGGAAAGCUUGUUUUACCGUGAAGAAUGCAAUAAAGAAGUCAAUUCGGUUCGUGAAGCCUUGGAAUCGCGUCUCCUUCGCCAAGUAGACGCGUGCGACGUUUUAUCUCGAGAGGUUGAGGCUCUCAAGGAAAACGUAAAGAAGGAACAGUCUCUGAGUAUAGACCUUCAGAAGAAACUUCAAAACGAAAUAAGUUCGAGCGUGAAACUACGCAAUAUGAAUGAAGAGCUUAAUAAGCAACUCGAUAUUGCUCAUGCCUCCCGCGAAGAUGGUAUCAAAGUGAAUACAGAACAGUCAAGUGUUAUUGAAACGCUCGAACGACGCCUCGAAACAGCUUUGAGCGAUAAAAGAGGAAUUGCCGAGAAUCUGCGUAAACUUGAAGAUGCGAGACAUGCGACACACCUCGCGCUAGAAAAAGAGAAGAAGGUGGCGCGCGACUUAGAGAUUGCGAACGCGGACUUUGAGCAAAGACACGUUCAGACGCUCGAAAAUUCUAUGGCUAUUUCGAAACAACACAAAGAGGAGCUUUUUGAACUCGACUCGAAACUUCGCAGGGAACAUGAAUCAGAAAUUGAGAUUUUACAAGAACAGCACAAGUGUGCGCUCGAGGAUGCGUUGGCAUCUCGACAUGAACACUUACAAACACAAAAAAGAGAUUUUGAGAGAAAGGCUGUACUCGUAAACGAAGAAAUGAAAGAGAAACUGCGUCAAGCAAAAGAAGAAAACAAAACGCUCGCGCAAGCGCUCCGAGAGCACGAGUCUCAAGCUUCAGAUUUUGAAUACACGAUCCAAGAACUUCAGAAUUCUCACGACGCUGAAACUACAAGGCGAGAUGCCGAACGAAGAGCAAUAUCUCUCGAGGCUGAAGCCUCCCGGGCGCGAGAAAUACGUUUGAGGGAGGAAAUUCUCGGUUUACGUAAAGAAAAUAUGCGAGCAAACGAAGCAGCACGGGAUGUGAAGGAAGAAAUGAAUACUCGACUUCGCGAAGUCCGCGAAAUAUUCAACGAAGAAAAAAGAGCUUUGUGUGUAUCUUUCGAGCGAUCUCACAAAAGUGCUCUCAUGGAUGCAGAAAAAGUGCUCGACUCGGAAAAGAGGAAAGCGGAUCUCGCGUUUGAAAACAAGGCGCGUGCGAUGAAUGAAGAUUUCGCGAGAAGACUAUCGCGAGAAAUAGAUGAAGCCGUCGAAGCGACGAAAAACAUUGACGACGCAGAGAUGCAAGAUAUGAUCAAUGUAUACGAGAAAAAGAUGUUGGACAUGGACGCGGAGAAGGAGAGAAGCAUUCGUAAAAUUGAAUUAGAGAAAGAGGAAACUAUCGCGCAUCUGAACCGCUGCCAUGAAGGAACAGUUUCCACCUUACGGAAAGAGAUUGAAGAAAGGGCGAGAGCCAGCGAAACGAAAAUUUCUGGCAUGGAAGCCUAUUUUCAAAGUCAAACGAAACAAAUCACGACGAGCUAUCAGAAUAAUCUGGAGAAAUCGUUGCGUGCACUUGAGAACCGACUCGAAAACGUUCGCAAAUCUGAGAACGAAGCGUGGGCGAAAUCAUUGGAAGAGGUAAAAUUGGCACAUCAAUCGGACAUCGACGAAAGUAAUACUCGCGAAGCAACGCUUUUAAGCAAAAUCCAAGCCUUUAACGACCAAAUCAGCGCCGAGCGAUCGGCGAAUGCACUCGAGAAGGAAAAAUUAAGCGCAAGUCACCGAGACUUUAUUUCAAAUCUACGAAAAGACCACAGAAAUUACGUGGAGAACAUGAAAGCUAUUCACCGCGAUACCAUCGAAGAGGAGCGCUUAAACACGACGUCCGCGAAUGCGAACUCCGAAAAAUGGAAACGUAAAUACAAUGCGCGAGAAUCUAGAGAGUGCGACGUGCUCAAGAUUCGGGCGCUCGAGACGCAGCUUUCCAAAGCGACGGCAGAAUACCUCGAAUCCGAGAAAAAGCGGAAAGCCAUGCAGGAAGAAGUGCUCAAGCGCGAGAUUAGUUGCGCAAAAGGUAUAAGUUUUGACAUCCCGACGCUUCGUACGAAGGAAGGUAUCGUCACGAUUGACAGAUCGAAGAUGAAAGUAAAAUUUUAA